AUGCGUCUGUGGGAUGUCCGGACGGGUGAAUGCUUGUUUGUGUGGGAGUUCCCAACGGCGGCCAAGUGUGUAUCGUUCAACAAGCACGGUACACAAAUCCUCGUGGUGACCGAGGAGCGGAUGGGUUAUCGUGGUGCGCUGCGCGUAUUCAAUAUUAAUCGUGACCCAUCCUCAUGGAAAAAGCAGGAGACGGAGCCCAUGCGCACGAUCACAUUUUCGGGCAGCAAAGCGACUGUGGCCUCCUUCGACGUAUUCGACAAGCACAUUCUCACUGGACAUGAGAAUGGGAAAGUCGCUUUGUAUGCGCAUGAUACUGAAGAAGGUGAAUCCGGUAUUGAUGCUGAGCUCGAGAUUCAUCAAGUCAAAGCCCACGCGGAAAAUGUCACUGACUUGCAGCUCGGCUGGGAUGGCACCUAUAUCGUUACUUCUAGCAAGGACAAGACAGCUCACAUCAUCGAUGCAUCGACGCUUGAUGUGAUCAAGACGUAUGCUACAGACACACCGCUGAAUUCGGCUAUUUCUCUACCUACGCGGCCGUAUGUCGUGAUGGGUGGUGGUCAAGAAGCCAUGAGUGUCACCACGACGAGUGCACGUCAGGGCAAAUUUGAGUCGCGUUUCUGGCACAAGAUCUUUGAGGAAGAGUGCGCCCGCCUUCCUGGUCACUUUGGUCCUAUCAACACUUUGGCCGUGCAUCCCACUGGCAACGCGUAUGCCAGCGGUGGUGAAGACGGCUAUGUCCGUAUCAACUGGUUCGACGAGUCAUUCUUUAAAAGCCGUCCAUACGGCCCUGACUUUGAAAUCGCUAACGAGGACCAAUAA